UUUUGUCGCUCAGCGGACCUGUUUGGCUCGCUGCCCUGGGCGCGGGUCGGGGGUCGGGUCGGGGCCAUGUCCUUCGCGGCGAAUCUCACGAAGAUCGUCGCAGGCAAGAAAUCGGAGCUCGCGGAUCGCGAGAAGAUCGCCGAGUCGUGGAGAGACAAGGAGGCCAAGCUUCUGGACGACGCUGUGGACCUGUUCAAGCAGCGCUGCGUCAAGGAGGCUGAGCAGCAGAAGAUGGAGGCCACCAUCUCCUUCGAGGUGAUCACCAGGGAUAUCACUGACUUCCCGAAGCGAAUCCUCACAGACUCCACCUACUUCGUGGACACCUGGCCGUCGGGCACCAGCGCGGAGAGCUGGUUCUACGCGACGCGGGGGGCGAACUCCUCUUGGUCCCAGGGGGCGCCCAUCCUCUUCGCCGAGGUGCUGCAGGCGAUGCUGCCCAAGUUUGUAGACCGGGUCAAGGAGCUCGGCUUUUUGGAGUGCAACCACGAGGCAGGCACCUGGAAAGUGGCGGUGGUCUGGGAGGAACCCGAGAAGUCGGAGCGGGCCCCAGAGAAGAACAAGAAGCGGCGCAGAGACUGAGAAGCCUGGAAAGGGCCAUGGGCCAUGUCGCGCGCGUAGCAGAUCGCCUAUCAAAAGGCAUGCGCCCAGCCGUCAUGUUGCAAGCUUGUUUCUUGUUGCGGUUGAAUGGAAUGACAUGCAAUGGCCAAGUUAGGCUGGUUUGCCUGUCUCCUAUGGCUCCUGGGCAGCUCACUUGGGG